UUAUUCUUAGUAUAGUGCUAGACAUUUUAUAUCAUUUAGGAAAUUUGAAUAAAUAGUUUUAUCAACGAAAUAUUGGGAAUUUAAUUGUACACGUUUCCUGAGUGAUGUCUUUAGAUGAAAGUACCACGAUGUCUGUUGUAAAACAAGAGUAUGUUAGUUUCGGGGGAGACCAGCAGGAUAGCGUAUGCAGUCUUUUAAAAGCUUGUGACAACAAACCGUCGAAAGUGAAAAACUAUGACUGUCACAGCAAGAUUAAAGUUGGUAACGCUGAAGUCUCGAUAAAGACCGAACAAAUCAAUGACAAUAUCCAACACGAAGCAAAGAAUUUUAAACAUGAAAACAAGGCACAGGAAUUCAAACAAGAAAACGAGGAAGAGACAUUCAAUUAUGAAUACGAGGCGGAGAAAUUCAAACAUGAAAACCUGAAUACACGAAAUAAUGAGGAUACUUAUGACAAAGACGGACUAGAAACGUACGAGGAGUAUCGAAACGAUGAAAGUUACCAUGAGGAUGACGACGAAAGUAAUUCCGGAAGUGACGUAUCCGAUCAGUAUUCGAAGGAAAAUGACUCCAACAUGUCUAAGUCUAAGUAUCAAUGCAAUAUUUGUUUACGACGAUUUGGAAACAGAAGCUAUUUGGAACAACAUCAAGCCUCCCACACUGGCGAAAAGAAGCAUAUCUGUAAAUAUUGCAAUAAAGGAUUUAGCUCACAAUACAGUAUUCCGGCACACAUGAGCCGACACCAUCCCGAAGAAGGACUAUCUAGAUAUGCGUGUGAUAAAUGUGAUAAGACAUACUAUUAUCAAUUUCAGUUAUCAAGACAUGCUAAAACUCACCUUGGACUGAAGCCUUUUCAGUGUAAACUUUGUGCAAAAAGCUUUAGUCUUUCCACAAGGUUAAAACAACACAUGAUUCAACACACGGGUGAAGGAAUGUUUUCAUGCGAAUUUUGUCAAAAAACUUAUGGAAGCAACCAGGCAUUACAAUCUCAUUUGAAUACUCAUACCCAUAACACUGAAUACAAAUGCGAAAUCUGCAAUGCAAUUUUCUAUGUGCGUGGGAAUCUGACGAAGCACAAAUCAACUCAUUCUGAAGACCGACCAUGGAAGUGUUACAUAUGCGGUAAAGGGUUUAAACAAAGUUCCAGCAUGUAUACACAUUUGGAAACGCAUAAACCAAAGGAGGAGAGAAAACCAAAAAGGGUUAUUACAAAAGAUUUCAAAUGUAACAUUUGUCAUAAAGAAUACUCUUGUCAGUCCGCUUUACUAACCCACGAGAAAAACCAUAAUGGCGAAUUAUACCGAUGUGGUGAGUGUCCAAAAGUGUUUGUACAACAAAUUGCUUUAGAUAUCCACAUGAGACGACACACUGGUGAUAUGACACAUAAUUGUGAAGUAUGUGGGCGGGGCUUUGGUUGUAAUGACUACUUGAAACGUCAUAUGAGAAUUCACACUGGAGAGAAACCCUACAGUUGUGACGUAUGUGGUCAAUGUUUUACCCAAUCAGCAGCAAGAAACAGACACAAACGGAUACACACGGGUGAGAAACCGUAUAAGUGUGACGUAUGUGAUCGUGCGUACGUCGACAAACAUUCUAUGUUGAAACAUGCCAGAAUACACUUGGAAAAUGUGGAUCUAAAAACUUUUAAAUGUGAAAUCUGCGAAAAAGGAUUUACUACAAGAUUUGGUUUGAAUUGUCAUUUGAAAUCUGUACACGACGGGACCAAAGACCAGAAAUGCGAAAUUUGUGGAAAAACAUUUGCACUAGAAGGUUAUCUUAGUGUUCACAUGAAAUCACACAACAAGGAAAACAAAACAAGGAAAAGGAAACGAAGUGAAAAGGAUAUAUUUAAGAAUAUGGACUAACUAUCAUAUAAACCAUCAGUAUAAGGCCA